UCUUCUUUUAGAAUGCUGAUAGAAUACUAGCACAAAUGCCCGUGCGUUGCAACGGGGGAGAAAAGUUGAUGUGUAUUCAAUUAUGCGCAAAACACAUCUGUUGUUCAUGAAAAUUGUGCUUGCAAAAAAGUCCCUUGUGUUGCAAUGGAUACUAUAAAAUAAAUUUGAGAGUUUGUUUGGUCACCUUUCCUUUGGUGUGAAACUACUGGCAUGCAAUGUUGAUCCUUGAAAAUAAAAAAUAAUACAAUUUAUAUUUACAUGUGACAUUGACUUAUAAAGUUUUCACCAUAUUAUCAAUCAAACAGAAACCAUUUUCAUAUAUUGCGCAAGCAAUUGAGAAAUAGAAUUAUUAUUGUGUUUGGAUCAAAAUCUACUACCUUUGCUUCCCAAGAAAAAAAAAUUCCACUACACAUGAUUCUCAAUAUGAGCAAAUCUUUGUAUAAAUAUAAGCAAACCAAAUCACUAAAAGUUACUCACCAAGAUGCAUGAUGUGAUUUCAAAGCAGCCAAUGAAAUAUAAACUUGUAGAAUUUGCUUAAAGGAAGAUACAGCUAUAUAUUGUUUCGGUCACCGGCCACGUCAGAUUAUAUUUUGUUUCUUUUCUUUUGCACUAUUUGAACUUGGUCAUCGUCACCAUUAAGAAAAACAAGCUUUUCUAUGUUCCCCAUCACAGGUAAAUUUCGGGUGGAUUGUCAAAAAAGAAAAAGGAAAUUUCAAGAUGCAGCGUUGUUAGUUGUCACGUUCUCUCUACUCUUGGGUAGAAAUAUAUAUUUCCAAUAUUUCACUCAUUUACUUAUUGUAUCCGCUGAUGUAUUCAUAAGAUGUUGUAGGCUUGAACAUUAAACUAUAUAGUAACAAAAAAACAACAACAAGUAAUUAUAUCGGUGCUCAUUAAAAAAAUUACAAUCGGUGCUAGCACGCAUGGCAUUCUCCAGCAGCUUCUGGCCGAUGCAGCCAUUGAAAAAAAGGCAAAAUCCACAGCAAUAAUCUCCACCGAGACCACUACUAUUGUGUGGACAUCCAGCGCCCUCCCACCCAGACCCAUCUGUGCUUCUCUCCUUCCUCUUGUCUUGGCUCUCGCACACAGCACACCACGCGCCCUUCUACUCCAGCCCAUGGUGCCGCGUUCUCCUCUCUCUUCCCUCCUCCACAUCGCAAAGCACCACCCCUCCCUCCCUCCCCGCCCCUGGAGUUCGUUCUGUUGACCCCAUCUCUCUCUUCUCCUUCAUCGAUGUGACCGCCCCCAUCUGCAGCAGCUGGACGAUUCGAUUUCCCAAGCCAUCUCGCCCGUGACCGAUGGCUGCUUCGCGUUCAUCGGCCGGUUGCGGUGCGGCCGCAUAUGGGCUCCUGGUGACCGGGCUUGCGCGCGGGGGAGGGGUAUUGGCUGGGCCUGUGGUGGAGCUGCUUCAGGGUCGAGCUCGGCGGCAGCUUGACGGUGCCGCGUGUAUCUGCGUCAGGGCUCCGGGCUCCGGAUCGGUGUGGUCGUGUCCAGCCCGCCCUCCUCCUCCGGUGCCUUGCUGCGGCGUUCCGGGCCUGAUCUCGGAUGGCUUGAGGGGCGGCUUGGAUCGUGGCCUGUGCAGUGCGGCUGCCCUGGGACUAGUCCUGGGCGAGCAUGUACACGACACAACCGUUCGGUGAGUGGAGGUGCCAUGGGGAGUGGCGCUGCCUUUUCGAGGACAGGGAAACUUCGACUGCGAGCUGGACGCGUGGGCGUCAUUCCUGCCAGGUGGUGUCCUCCUCCGCGGUCACUGCGCAGCCGGACUGGAAGGCGGCCGGCGAAAGCUUUGCACGACGGAGCCGUCGUGACUGACUUGGACGCUUGACACCGGCGGCGACGGCCUCGAGGAUCUUGGAGACGCCAAGCCACGCCUGGUCCUCUCCUCGAGCCUCCUCUCGCGCCCGCCAAGCCACGCCUGGUCCUCUCCUCGAGCCUCCUCUCGCGCCCGCCAAGCCAUGCCUGGCCCUCUCCUCCAGCCUCCAGUCACGCCCGAGUGCAUCUCCCGAGGCAGCCCCAUCCCCUCCGGUCGCCGCCGGCAAGCAGAGCCGUCGUCCGUGCGCUCCAGCCAGCUCAGACCGCUGCGGCCAGCCAGACGCGCGGUGGUGAGCCAGUCCAAUAAGAGAUAAGGGUCUUGAUAUCCUCGGCCCCUUCCCCCGAGCAAUCGGGGGCUUUGAAUUCUUGUUCGUUGCCAUCGACAAGUUUACAAAGUGGCCAGAAGUGACUGCCGUGAGAAAGGUGACUUCUCAGUCAUCUAUGAAGUUCUGGAAAGAAUUGGUGUCUCGUUUUGGAGUUCCGGCAAGGAUCAUCACUGACAACGGCACCCAGUUCAUGAGUCGUGCCUUCAUGCAAUAUGUUCAUGCCCUCGAAUGCAAGAUCUCAUUCGCCUCUGUGGCACACCCCCGGAGCAAUGGACAAGCUAAGAGGGCGAACGCUGAAGUGCUGCGUGGACUCAAGACGAGAACUUUUGAUACGCUGCACAAGCAUGGCAAGCGGUGGAUCGAGGAGCUGCAGGUAGUUCUCUGGUCCCUCAGAACGACACCAAACUGAGCUACCGGGCAGACUCCCUUCUCCCUGGUCUACGGGGCAGAAGCAGUUAUCCCCAUGGAACUGAUUUAACGGGUCGCCUCGAGUUCUUGCCUACGAUGAAGUAGCGCAGGAUCAGCACCGGCGUGACGAUGCUAUGCUACUCGAGGAGAACCGUCCCCGGGCUGCUACGCGUGCUGCACGCUACCAGCAAGCCCUGCGUUGCUAUCAUAGCUGCAAGUUUCAUGCCCGGUGUUUUGAGGAAGGCGACCUUGUUCUUAGGCGCGUUCAGUCCGCCAAGGGUACACACAAGUUGUUACCAAAGUAGGAAGGCCCUUGCCGGGUACUAUGAGUCACCAGACCUGGCACAGUCCGUCUGGAGACCGGAGAUGGCACUCAGUUGCAAAACUCAUGGAAUAUUGAGCAUCUCCGCAUGUUCUACCCAUAAGGCGCGCCCGACAGCCACCCUUUUGUACAGGCCUUGCCUCAGCUGCAUGUAACCCCUUGUACAAAGCCGAGGCGAUGACCCCGUGCAAGAGAAACCAAAGAAGCGCUGUAGGGGGGCCCCCAACCUAGAUUGCAUGCAUGCAUGACCACACCAAGGUCACUACAAUAGCAUUUGCAUAUGCAUAUAGAUAGGAUCGCAUCUUGCAUUCAUUCUCAUCUAUAUGAAGCUGCAGGUUCUUGCCGUGAACUUGGCUUCGAAAAGGAGUUGAGAAGAUUGCCUGGCACAACGAUCCCCGGCAAGCCAAAUAGAUAAGUUUUACCUCCUGUCCAUUAGUGUUCUGUAAGGCUAUAACUUAAGCAUGAGAAAACCCCGCCACUUUUUUGAGACUUAGGUGCUCCCAUCCAUGACUCCAACGUUGCUUCGGUCAAAAUGGUCGCAGCAGCCUUUGGGAAAAAGGGGUUGGCGGGGGGCUGGUCCCUCUGUCUGUUCCCUGGCAGACGCAGCUCUCCGGCAGACAAAAAGGCUACCGGCAGGAUCGCCUACCAGGGAAAACUUGUUUAUUUACAUUAAAGAGGCAUCCCACCUCUGCAUGGACAUACACAUGCACAAGUUCCCGGCAAGGUUUAUCUUUUUCAUUCGUCUGCUAAUACAAGUACAAGCAUUACAGAACACAAAGACAGACAUGAGAGAUUACAUUAUUUGAAUUAAAAUUUGGCAACUGCCUACAAGUUUAAGAUUGAAAAAAGAUAGGUGCCCCGUAAUGCCUUUGCCCCUCUCCAUCUUCUACAGGAAGAGGUCGAAGCGGACGGAGGCGGGCACAGCUAGGAUUCGGCACCUCCCCAGGAUUAGGACGGCGCCGCUCCCCAGCAAGGAGGAAGAAACCGGAGGGCAGGCAUGGAUGGUGACGCUGCCGGAGGACCGGAUGGGAGGCACGGAGUCACGGACAAACACGACUCGUUAGAAUGGUCGUCCCCAUUCUUGACGCAUCGUGGGUUGCCGCUGUCGUCCGCAUCACUACCACCCGAAGACCUUGGCACAACCACCAUGUCAGGUGCCAUGCUCUCUAAAUCCCCCACAGAGAGCAUGGUCGUCCCCGGGAGCCCUGACGUUAGAAGCCACCGCUCGUCCCGGAGACGUGUGAGAAAGCAGGGAGCCUUCCUGUACGACGAGAGAACCGUGCCCAGGAGGAGCCAGAUUCGCCCCUAUUGGCGACAACUCUCUCCUAUGGCUCCUCCCCGGCGCUGCAAGAGGAAGAAGAAUGGGGAGUGAUCGACUACCACGCGAUGUGACCGCCUCAAGCCGCGACAUGGUGUUGUUCGCGUCCCCUUCCACUGAAGUCAAGGCCACGGGCGGCCCGGCGGAAAACACGCCAGGGUUGCCACCCCCGGCGUUGUCGGCACGCCGCCUGAAUCCCCCUUUCAGAUCUAAGGGAGGCUUCGAAAUGAACAGCAAUAUGACCAGCAGAAUGAGAAGAGAAGAAGAGGAGAAGUGCGAGGAUGAAUGACUUUGCCCUCCUCCAACCCUUCCCUUUUAUAGGCGGGGCGGGAAGGGCAGCUGCUCCAUCAAUAGGCAGCCACCGCCCUCUUCCGCCAAUUCAAGACGACCGGGCCCUCACCAUGAUGCUCUCCCGCGCCACUCGCCUCCGUUACCUACCCCGCGCGAUGCAUGCUGCAUACGUGGCCAAGGAUAAGGGCGUGGUGGCAAGAGUGAAUUGGCCGUUUCUACCCCGCGCGUUAAAGUCAUUCACGGGCCAUUACUGGAGCGACCCCACCACUAUUGGCUUUACACAACGCACGGGAAAACCGAAAACUGGCCCGGAGUCAAGGCCAAUGAAGAAGCAAAAGAGACCUCAAGAGACCAGCCUCUUCAGUAACCCUGCCUGUGCACUUAUUAGGCCCUAGCCCAACGAUGCUCGGCAGCGCAAUUGGCAGAGUCCCGAGGGCUUCUGUCCGUGCAACACACCCUGGGUCUGUUGCCCAGACUGUGCACAGGCACGGGAAUAAGAUUGAAGCACCAACCCAAGUCAGAGUGCAAGAACCAAGAGAUUCGAAGGACCAGCAUGUAGAUCAGAGAGAUCAAGGUCGAACAAGAAAAGUAGGAUAUCACCAAGAGAAGGCCUCCUUUGCCAGGCAGGCGAGCCUGGCAAGGGGCGAGGCCACCUCAAGAAGCAAGCAACCGAAGCACCCGGCAAGGCCUGCCGGGGCUCACGGAGACGAAACCGCCUCACCAACCACUCAACCAUGACUCACAUCGUCAAUCCAUGCGGUGUCAAGCCACAAGGUGAUUAAGUGGCAGCCACUCGCCACGUGGCAGCCAUUUCCUACAGAAGAAACCCAUAGGUGACACCCGUCCUGCUACGUCUCAAGAGAAUAGGCGCGCAGCUGAUACUAAGCGGUGCAUUUAAUGCGCCCCGUCAGCCCACAGAGUUAGGUAUGAUACCACUAUUUGCUAUCAUAUCAGUGCAUAAUGACUACUUUGCCAUUGUGGUAACCCCUUGAUCUAUAAAAGGAGGCGCAUGGGAACGGUAGAAAGAGUUAGAAGGUUGGAUAACUCACACCCCCAUACGCGCGUAGUCGCUGCUGCCCCAAGGCAACCCCUGCCGGGCAAGUGUACUACGCUCCACCACCACCUUUUCCACCAUCAAUCCACCAAAGUCGGAGUAGGAUUUUGCCUCACACGGAGGCCCGAACCUGGGUAAAUCACCUGUGUGAUCUCUGUCGUGCUGCCCAAGGACCCUCUGCUCUUUGUGCAAUGCGUCGCCCCCCUGCCGAACCAGCAAGGGACCUCCUGGUCCCAUAGGUGGCAGUCGUUUCCCGCAACACCGUAUGUUUAUUCUGAAAGCUACCAGUCCUCGGCUUCUGCCCCCAGGUGAAUAUCACGAGGGGCGUUUUGUCUCCGCACUGUUACCCUUAGCCAACAUCUUGGUACCCGGAGGCGGUAGUGUGUGAGCAAAACUAGGCAAUUGGACUAUUCAAUAAUAUUGCUUUCACUUAGCCUUAGGAGCUUGAGUGUGGGGGCUAGUGACUAGCCCCCAGUGACUUGUGACGUACUUUGGGGGCAAUACCUGUCCUUUUCGAUCACAUGGUUUGUGCUAAGACGAACUCUUCAUGUGACACGGUGAAAUCGCCAACGAUUUUUGGAGUCAAACCUCAUCAUCAGAUCACUGACUAGUUCGCGCUUACUAUGACGGUCAGUUUUUAGAAGUACAAUUUCAAGGGUUCUCCCUUUGCCCUGAGGUACUCUACUAGGAUAGCCAGAAGUACAAUUGCAGGGGUUCUCCCUUUGCCCUCUUAGCCGAUAGAGCGGAACAUAAGGGGCAAGCACAGGAGCUGGGCAACCCAACUAUUGACCCAAGACAUAGUUCGGGACUGAUACCUGUAUUGCAAUAUCCGAGAUGCAGAACACCCAGCAAAAAAGUGGGUCGGACUUGGGGUACGGAGCCGACGGUUAAAUCGAGCUCUAGGUUAGUUAACCAAUCAUGUUUUCAUGCCGGGCUUGUUUGAAGAGCGAGGGGAGAAUCGGUAGGAAAGGAGACAAUCGCAAGAUGCAGAUAUCCGAACACCAUGAGGGGCGUUUUUAUUAUUUCUCGUAGGCUCAGUAUGUCUAACCGUACAAUUUGAACUGCCAUGGCAUUAUUUGUAAAAAAAGGAAAAAGUUUUACAGAGUAAAGGUUUACGCAAGGCCUUGAUGCGUGAGUCGAAGCCUCCACUGUGCCCGGCUGCACGUCUGCGCCUUUGCUUCUGAAAGGUGUGGGUUGGGACCUUCAAUGAAACCUUGAGGAUCCUGCUGAUGAAGCUUUGUGCUUGGGCGGGGGGUACGGAAUUGGCCCCCGGAUCGUCCGAAGACAAGGUAACUCUAAAGUUCGGGUUAGCCAAACGCAUGCUUCGGAUUUAUUGAUAUAUGCCGCAUGGCUGCCCAUGGUAUUCUGAGUGCAAAAUUGUGUUGACGAGGCACAUGGAGCACAAAGAAUGUGGGCGUGCCGUGGGGCACGCAUCCCUAUUUGCGGUGAACGCAUGCGGGUUCCCAUGAUGGGAGCUGGUUCGGGCCCAUUUAUUGUUGUCCCCGGCCUUUACGGCGGGCCAGUAACGGGACCCACGUUGGCCAGUUUGGUCUUCGGCCGCUAGGGCCGCAGUGUGCUCUUCGGUCCGAAGUGAGCGUUCUGUAUUGUCGUUGCUAGUUAUGACGCCCAAAGUACCGGCCAUCUUCCACUUGAGGUACGUGUAAUGCGGGACGGCAUUGAAUUUGGCGAAUGCCAUUCGGCCGAGGAGGGUGUGAUAGCUGCUCGAAAGGGUGCUAUGUCGAAGAUCAAGUCCUCGCUUCGGAAGUUUUCUGGAGAGGCAAACACUACUUCAAGCGUUACAGUGCCUGUGCAGCGGGCCUCCACUCCCAGAAUGACCCCCUUGAGGGUGGUGUUAAUGGGUUUGAUCCUUGAUGGAUCGAUCCCCAUCUUCCUCACUUUAUCUUCAUUUAUCAGAUUGAGCCUACUGCCCCCGCCCAUUAGGAAUCUAGUGAGGUGGAAUCCAUCAAUGAUGGGGUUGUGUACUAAGGCUGCGAACCCUCCAUAGGUAUGUUGGUCGGGUGAUCCUUGUGAUCGAAAGUGAUCAGGCAGGCUGACCACGGGUUGAACUUCGGUGCUACAGGCUCGACGGAAUAUACGUCUCGCAGCGCUCGCUUCCUCUCCUUCUUUGGUAUGUGGGUAGCGUAGAUCAUGUUCACCAUCUUGACCUCAGAAGGGGAGGGUUUCUGGCCUCCACUAUUUGGCCUGUGGGGCUCGUCAUCGUCCUCUCUUCGUGGGCUUUUGCCCGAGUCUUCGUGGCUUCUCUCGCGUGCCGUGGAUCUGGCAUGUCCUAUCCAGAAUUGCGUCUAGUCUGGAUGGGUCGUCGCCGUUGCCUUUAGGGCUUUCUUUUGGGGUCCGGACUUCGGGUUUCUGAACCCGGCAUUUACUGUCGUAUCCUCACCUUCGCUGUCAUUGUGACAAUGCUUACUCUUACUACGUCGCGGUUUCCCAUUAGCGUCCCGAACCUCGAAGGUACCGGGUGUGUCGGGAUUGGCGUUUUUACGAGCGAGCUGACGAUGACAUGUACCUAGGGUAGGGUCAUAGGCCUGACCUAGACGCCCUACCCAAGGACACUGCCCUAAAGUCAUGGACACUCAAAGUACAACAGAAUAUACCGACUGAAACCACCUUGGAAUGCAAUCCACUCGACCAGCUACCACAGUCGGUACCUCAAUUCCAUUCGACCAAGAAGGAGUAACUCGACCACACGAAGAACCACUCGGAGAACAGAAGGUCUAAAGCCAAUCAGGAUGGCAACAGCCAGGCAUUCACUCCGUAGUCUUAAAGGUCAUUUAUAGCUCUUUAUAGCUAGCGUUACCAGUAACGCCUUGUAUUAAUGUAUAUUGAACCCUGUGUAACUGAGGGCUGGAGGGGUCCAGCGCAAUCUAUAUAAGCCACCCUCUCCUCUAGUACAAGGGUUUGCACCCCCUGUAACUCUCACGCAUAAUCUAGUCGACCAAGCCUCUGGGCACCGUGACAUAGGGCUAUUACUUCCUCCGAGAAGGGCCUGAACUCGUACAUCUUGCAUGCACAAUCUCACCGUAGCUAGGGCCUUGCCUCCUCCUAUGUACCCCCUAUUCUUACUGCCAGACUUACUUCCACGAUAGUUGGCGCCCACUGUGGGCCAGGCGUCUUAGCUAGUUCCGGUGAGGUUGCAGUUUUUCCGAUCUUCAUCAACAUGGUUUCCGGCGGUGGUUUGGCUUUGGGACGCGAGAUCCGUCUCGGCGUGGUUGUUUUCAUCGCCGACGAAUCUGCUUGGCUCCAGGAGCCCCCCUCAACGUCGAGGCCCUCUCCAUCAAAGGGGCAGCGCACUUUCGCGCGAGUGCUUGCGGCGUCCUCCUGCGGUAGCUGUCGACCCAGUAUUGGUCGGCUCCCGUGACAUCCCCUGCUGUACUCUGCCGCAAGCGGUCAGGCCGGUGGUGACUUCAGCGGUGGGUGAAGCAUGCGGUGGCUCGUCAAUCGGUCACCCCUCAAGUUGCCGCAAUCGAGCCCGACGAAUCUCUGUAUGGACCAUUCGACCUGUCGACUGGUUCCGCAGACACAAUUUCCGAGUGCGGAAGCAGCGACCCCGCGGCAUAGGUCCUCAUGAUCGACUCCCAUCAUAGCCUGCCCGGGUUUCGUCGCAAUGGUGGUGGCGGCGACGGUGACGGUCUGUCGUACGUCCAUGAUGAGUAGGAAUCCCAAGCCCUCACUUCGUAACAGAGGGAAGAGCUGCAUCGCCGCAACAUGGAGGCGCUCCAGGCCCCCAUCAUGGGGGAGACCUCCGAGGCUCGGGCCUUGGAGACUGCACGCCAGGCCACCUUGGCUGAGCGCGCGCGUUUGGAGAACCUUCAGCAUUCACUCGAUGAAUGGGCCCGUCGGCAGAUCUCAGAAUCCAGUCGAUGGCAACGUGAAUUGUUCCCGCCUGAACCCCAGGUAUACCGCACCCGGAUCCAGAAUCCUGCAGCUGCAACUCGUAUAGCAGAGUCAAUUCAGCCAUCUCGUUCGGAAGCUGGUAGAGGUUUGCUGCAAAUCCGAGCGCUGCUCCGGGCGUCAGGCGAACAAAACUCAGCUGUUUCUCAGUCGCACAACAGAAUCCACAGCAGAUCUGUGGUUGCAGACACCGUUCAGUCGGCACACAGUCCAAGAUCGCCUCUGCUGCAUGACAAUCGUGGUCACCGCCAAGAUCAGUGUCUGGAUCAAGGCCACGGGCAGUAUGAUCAUCGAUACAUCCGUGAUGAUCACCGUCAACUUCCUACGCCCCCUCCGAGGGACGGAUCAUACGCGCCCUGGCGGUAUGAUGACAUGCGCCCGUAUGGUAACGAGCGGAGAAUUCCAGUCGACCCAAGAGAGCCUGGAUUUGAUGCAAGAUCUGUUCUUGUACAAGGUUUGGUCGACAGAGGCCGAGCACACAAAGAAGGACAAGACAGAAAUCAUCCGACUGGUAGUAGAGUGCAAGUUUCUGGGCCCGAAUGUUUAAGUAGAGCAAUCCGAGCUGUAGAGAUCCCUCCCAACUUCAGGUUGGUGACAGGCGUCAGCAAGUUCACCGGUGAUUCGAAGCCUGACACUUGGAUAGAAGAUUACCGAGUGGCAGUGCAAAUUGGUGGCGGCAAUGAUGAUGUGGCCAUGAAACACCUCCCCCUGAUGCUUGAGGGUUCGGCCAGAGCUUGGUUGAAUCAGUUAGCCCCUGGGAGUAUUUUCUGCUGGGAAGAGUUGGCCCGAGUGUUUGUCAAAACAUUUGAGGGCACCUGCAAGCGACCUGCUGGGCUGGCUGAGUUGCAGCAUUGUGUCCAGAAACUGAAUGAGACCUUGAGAGAUUACAUUCAGAGAUGGACCACCCUUCAUCAUACGGUGGAAAAUGUAUCAGAACACCAGGCAGUGUGCGCCUUCAAAGAGGGCGUUCGAUACAGAGAGCUCAACCUGAAAUUCGGUUGGACUGGGGACAUGUCCCUGGGUCGAAUGAUGCAAAUAGCCACUCGGUAUGCUAAUGGUGAGGAAGAAGAUCGACUCCGCAGCGGCAAGAGCAAACCAGUCGCUCAGGACGCCGGGGGCAGAAAUUCUAGUCAGAAACAGAAAUGCAAAGCUGAACCCGCAGGUCCUACUGAGGCUACAGUUCUGAAUCAAGGGAAAUUUAAAGGAAAACCUAAAGGUCCCUGGACCCCCAAGAAAUUGAAAGAUCAUGCAGGAAACGAUGUUCUUGGUUUUCCGUGUCACGUACACACCAAAAAAGAUGAAGUGGGAAACUUGAUCCUGCCAAAGCAUACCACUCAGCAGUGUCGACUCCUGAUUCAGAGCUUCCGAGAGGGUCAGCCCAAUGACAAGGAGAAGGAAUCUGAUUAGGAGGAGGAUAAAGAGGAAGAUGAUGGUUACCCUAAUGUUAAUGCCACUUUAGUGAUUUUUGCUGACAUCGAGAGCAAUAGUCGAAUGAAAGUUAUCAAUCGUGAAGUGAACAUGGUUGCUCCCGCAACCAUGACUUAUUUAAAAUGGUUGAAGAUGUCGACGUUCUGGGAACGGGGGUCCCCAGACUUGCCUGCCUGCGGCCCGUGGCAUGGCUCCAAUCGCGGCCCAGUACGGCCCGUCUUCACCAGCAAGCAUUCAAGACCCUCGCGAGGGGCCAAGCCUCGCGAUGUGGGCGACACAAGACCUCCUCGGGAGCAGCCUCACCAGGCUGGCUCACGAGGGGUGGAGAGAUCAAGGCAAGGCAAACCUCGCAAGGUUCCUACGACAUCAGCAGUGACGACCAAGGCCAGGCGGGCGCCAGCGCGCACAGUGUCCUUGCUUCCUCUUUGGUGCUAAGGAGGCAAGCGCAGGCGAUGAGUACCAAGGCAUCGGGCAAAGGUUUCCAUAUCGGUGCAACAAGACCAAGACCAGCAGGACGCCAGGA